GAUGGGGAUUAGGGACCAGCUCGUGUCUUUUUAUGCUGUUAGUCGCCUGUUGUUAUUAAUGGUCCCCUGUCCCCGUGGGCGUUUUGAAUGUGCAUGUCACACUCACGCGGUCAUCUUUCCCUUGGCUUAGAUAACAUCCCCGAGGACCUCAGGGACCCCUUUUACAUCGACCAGUAUGAGCAGGAGCACAUCAAACCACCUGUCAUCAAGCUCCUGCUGUCCAGCGAGCUGUACUGCCGCGUCUGCAGCCUCAUCCUGAAGGGGGACCAGGCGGCCGCCAUACAGGGACACCAGUCAGUCAUCCAGGCCCUGUCCCGGAAAGGGAUUUAUGUGAUGGAGAGCGAUGACACCCCCGUGACGGAUCCCGACCUCAGCCAGGCACCCAUAAAGAUGAGUGCCCACAUGGCGAUGGUGGACGCCCUCAUGAUGGCCUACACCGUGGAGAUGAUCAGCAUCGAGAAGGUGGUGGCCAGUGUCAAACGCUUCUCGACAUUCAGUGCCUCGAAGGAGCUUCCAUACGACCUUGAGGAUGCCAUGGUGUUCUGGGUCAACAAGGUGAAUCUUAAAAUGAGAGAGAUAACAGAGAAAGAAGGGAAGCUCAGACAGCAGCUGCUAGAGAGCCCAGCUCAUCAGAAGGUGCGCUACCGCCGAGAGCACCUGUCCACGAGGCAGCCGCCCUACUUCCCGCUGCUGGAGGAUCUGAUGAGAGAUGGCAGUGAUGGGGCCGCGCUCCUGGCCGUGGUCCACUACUACUGCCCCGAGCAGAUGAAACUGGAUGAUAUAUGUUUGAAGGAGGUAACAUCGAUGGCUGACAGUCUGUAUAACAUUCGGCUUCUGAGGGAGUUCUCGAAUGAAUACCUUAACAGAUGCUUUUACCUCACCUUAGAAGACAUGCUGUAUGCUCCCUUAGUGCUGAAGCCGAACGUUAUGGUUUUUAUUGCUGAACUCUUCUGGUGGUUUGAGAAUGUCAGACCAGACUUUGUUCAACCCAGGGAUGUUCAGGAGCUGAAAGAUGCAAAAACUGUGUCACACCAAAAGAGCAGCCGGCCCCCUGUUCCUAUUUCCAAUGCCACCAAGCGCAGCUUCCUAGGUAGUCCUGCAGCGGCAAGCCCAGCUGAGCUGCAGCCCCCCACUCAGCUGCCGGCUGAGGGAUGUCACAGGCACCACCUGCACCCGGAGGAGCCUGACCAUCUGGGGAAGGGGGCUUCUGCCUUCAGCCCAUCGCAUCCCUUACUGCCCCUGAGGCAAAGACAGCAGAGGACGGUGCCAGGAGAGGACCCCCCGGAUCAGCGACACCGGUCCAGUUCCUUGACCCGAGUGGACGGGCAGCCACAGGGAGCAACAGUAGCGUGGCCAGAAAAGAAAAACAGGCCUGUGUCUCAGCCAGCGCCCUUUGCUCUCCAUCACGCUGCGAGCUGCGACGCAGACCCCGGCUCUGGCGACAGCAUCAGCUUGGCCCGCUCCAUCAGCAAGGACAGUUUGGCCUCCAAUAUCAUCACCCUGACCCCCCAGAACCAGCCGCACCCUACCGCCCUGAGGGCCACUGGGAAAAGCCUCCUGAACAACGUCGACAUCGAGGACGAAGAGCUUGUGGCCAUCAUCAGGACGGAUGGGGCUCCCCAUGGCAGUGCCCUGGGCCUAAUGGCAAGCGCCAGGUCUCCCCAGAGACUGGCCAGCACCUUAGAAAGUAAGCCUGACAGUUUCUUCUUGGAGCCAUUGGUGCCGGCCGUGCUCCGGCCUGCCAAGGAGAAGCAGGCAGUUGCCAAGGAGGAUGAGUGCGGGGAAGGGAGGCCGAGGAGCUGCAUGGCUAGGAGGCCCGGUGAGGGCCACCCACCUCUGGGAAGAAGGAAGGCUCCUGGUAGCCACGUCAGUCACGAGUUGAAUAGGACUUUCACCCCGAUCUCCAGCUCAGAGCUGUGCACGAAGGCAGGGCCGCAGGCCAGGGAAGCCAGCAGCGAGCCUCUGGCCAGCAGUAGUUUCGAUCUGUUAUCUCAGGGACAGCCUGCCGACGGCUUUUUUCUUCAUGUGGGCCGAACCGAUGACGAUACUGAGGGCAGGCUCCAUGUCAGCUGUGCAAGAAGCCCUUGCACCCAUGACCCAGAGCCGUGGACUGUCCUGAGGCAGGACUCUGACUCAGACGUCGCCGACCUGGAGGAGGUCGAGCACGAUUUCAUCUGUGAGGACCACCCUGUGCUGAUGGCACAGUAUGUGGGUGAGGAGGAGUCGGCCAAGCUGCAGGAGGACAUGAAGGUGAAGGAGCACGAGGACAAGGAUGGCGCCAGUGGCCGCUCCAGCCCCUGCCUGAGCACCGUCUCCCAGGUCAGCAGCGUCUCCGUGGCCAGUGGGAGUACAAAAAUGACCAGCUUCGCGGAAAGGAAGUUCCAGAGGCUCAACAGCUGUGAGACCAAGUCCAGUACAAGCAGCUCCCAGAAGACCACACCCGACGCCUCAGAGAGCUGCCCUGCCCCUUUGACCACAUGGAAGCAGAAGAGAGAGCAGAGCCCCAACAGGCAGGGCAGGGACCAUGCCAGCCUCCUGGCGUCCGAGCUGGUGCAGCUGCACAUGCAGCUGGAGGAGAAGCGGAGGGCCAUCGAGGCCCAGAAGAAAAAGAUGGAGGCAUUGUCUGCCCGCCAGCGCCUGAAGCUGGGGAAGGCGGCCUUCCUACACGUGGUCAAGAAGGGCAAGGCCGAAGCCGGCCCCCAGCCCCUGAGGCCGGAGCACAGUGAGGACUUCGAUGGUGCCGUGUCCAAGACGGAAGGAUUUCUGGUCAGAGAGCAAGGCAGGGAGGACAUGAGUGCGUGUCAGGAUGUCGACAAAGAGAACCUGGCAUUCCUGCAGCAGCACAAGCAGAAGGACCCCACCGCCCUGCAGGAGCUGGAGAAGAGCAAAGCACUGUCCGCUGCCCUCAUGGAGGUGGCUGGGGACGGGGCAGACAUGGGCGAAGGUGACCUCUCCAUUGAGAAGCUCAAUGAGACCAUCAGCACGCUGCAGCAGGCCAUCCUGAAGAUAUCUCAGCAGCAGGAGCAGCUGCUCAUGAAGUCCCCUGUGGCGCCAGCUCUGGGUUCCAGAAACAACGCCCAGGACCCGAAAGUCAAGGUGUCCAUCCACUUUGCUGAGCCACUCUCUCCCCCUGGAGUGACCGGUCACCGCAAGCCUCCCCGUCUUGGGCAGGGUCGAAAUUCCCGGUCGGGACGACCAGCCGAGCUGAAGGUUGCAAAGGACAGGCAGCAGGGUUCCCGCAGUAAGACCCCAACACCCAGCAUGGAGGCCCUUCCGCAUGGACGGCCUUUCCCGCCGCGGAUGCCCUCCGACCUGGGCUGGGAUGGCGUUGCAGACCCCGGGGCUGACCCUCACGAGAAGUGCUUCUUUGACAGUUACCGGCUCCAUGACGAGAGUAACCAGCGGGCAUUGGUCUUGUCUUCCCCCAAAGAUGCAAACAUCCUGUCAGAACAAAUGAGCCUCAAAGAAGUUGAUAUCAGUGUGAAGGAGGCAGGGCUCAGUGCCCCGGCUGUCUCGGGGAAAGAGGACAUCCCCACGGAUGGGCCCCCGAGGAGCAAGGUGAGCCUCAUCGAGGUGGACCUGUCAGACCUGAAGGCCCCCGACGAGGACGGGCAGACUGAGGGCCUUGAGAGCUCAGUGGACCUCAGCGGUGACAGCGACCAGAAGCCGGGGGUUGGCUUCUUCUUCAAGGACGAACAGAAGGCAGAAGAUGAACUCGCCAAGAAGCGGGCGGCCUUCCUCCUGAAGCAGCAGCGCAAGGCCGAGGAGGCCCGCAUGCGCAAGCAGCAGCUGGAGGCUGAAGUGGAGCUCAAGAGGGACGAGGCCCGGCGCAAAGCCGAGGAAGAUCGGAUACGGAAGGAGGAGGAGAAGGCUCGGCGAGAACUCAUCAAGCAGGAGUACCUGCGAAGGAAGCAGCAGCAAGUCUUAGAGGAGCAGGGACUGGGCAACUCUAAGUCGAAGCCAAGAAAGCCACGGCCAAAGUCAGUCCACCGGGAAGAGCCACGUAGCGACUCGGGAACCAAGUGCUCCUCAACCCCGGAUAACCUGAGCCGGGCCCAGUCAGGCUCCAGCCUGUCCUUGGCCUCCGCAGCAACGACCGAGCCUGAGAGUGUUCACUCAGGGGGCACACCCACCCAGCGGGUCGAGUCGCUGGAAGCCUUGCCCAUAUUAAGCCGCAACCCCAGCAGGAGCACAGACAGGGACUGGGAAACAGCGUCUGCAGCGUCCUCCCUCGCCUCGGUGGCCGAGUACACAGGUCCGAAGCUCUUUAAGGAGCCCAGUAGCAAGUCCAACAAGCCUAUCAUCCAUAACGCCGUGUCUCACUGCUGUCUGGCUGGAAAAGUGAAUGAACCUCAUAAGAACUCCAUAUUAGAGGAGCUGGAGAAGUGCGACGCCAACCACUACAUCAUCUUGUUCCGUGAUGCUGGCUGCCAGUUCCGGGCCCUCUACUGCUACUACCCCGACAGCGAGGAGAUCUAUAAGCUCACGGGCACGGGGCCCAAGAGCAUCACCAAGAAGAUGAUCGACAAGCUGUACAAGUACAGCUCCGACCGGAAGCAGUUCAACCUGAUCCCAGCCAAGACCAUGUCCGUCAGUGUGGAUGCGCUCACCAUCCACAACCACCUGUGGCAGCCCAAGCGGCAAGCCGUGCCAAAGAAGACCCAGACGCGGAAGUGACGCGUGGGCAGGCCGAGGAGGCCAUGGGCCAUGUUUACUCUCAUCCAUUUGGGUACGAAGUGAGCAAAGUCACAGACCUUUUUUGAAGAGACUUCUGGACGACAGAGGAAAACCGUCCCUUACCCCCGCACACAGUGCCAGGUGGAGCAGGGGUGGAGGGACGCACGCCGGGUCCAGGCCGCGACUGCUGUGGUCACUGCUGUCCCCGGGGCUGCCCGCCGAGCGAUGCGUGUGUGGCAGAAUCCCUUUUACUUGAAGUUCUUCAGUAUAAGUUAAACGUGAUUUACUUUGCUUUCUGGCCUCUCUCCUCACCCCCUUUGCACACGGCCCGACCCCCUCACGCGGGCGGCUGCGACCUCGUGAGGUUGGAGGACCGAGACGGGCUCUCCAGUCCGGGUGUUUGAAUGUCUUCAGGAAAAGAAUUCGUACUGGGGGGGCUUGUUCACUUGGGAAGUUGUAUGAUAUUUAUUGAUAGUGUCUACUGCCAGCGUUUAUAUCCAGUUCUAAGGUUUCUGAAAAAUGGUCUUGUUCCUUGCUGCUCAGAAGACGUUUACUGAAGACGCAGCUCACUGAAGCACGACAUGUGUCUGCUGCGGGGCUCACAGCAGGCAGGCCCCCCGACCCGGGCAUGGCUGCCGGGCGGACAAGGUGCCGCUCGCCUGGUGAGGAUGGUGAGGGGAGCAGGUCCGUGGCUCCUGAGUUUGGGCGGCACUCGAGGACUUGUCCUCUUUAAUAGGUUGGUGAAGUAGACGGUUUCCACUCCGCAUGUGUCCAGAGGUGGUCACCUGAGCUGGCAGUUCCGUUAGCAUUUCUGUUGUCACGACGCAUCCGUCUCGGUUCCUGCUUCUGGCAGAGCAGCGUGCCCGGGAGGAGCGUGGUCUUUGCGUGACCGCAGACAUCAGACCUUCGAGUGGUCAUUGUGGUUUUCUCGGAGCUCCAAGUAAGUGGGUGUCUCUGGGCUCUCCUGGGCCUCAUGGUCUUACUCCUCCCAGGCAGCAUUCCCUGGGCAUGGCCAUGGCCCUUCGCCUGGCACCUGUGUGACAACCAGCUGCUCCGACUGCCGGAAGAUUCUGGAGUCACUUGUGUUUUGCACAUAUUUUUUUGGGAGUGUUACUUGAAUCUAUCUUGAACUGCAGAACAAAACGGAAGGUUAGUAGACGUCGGAUGAAUGUGACUGUCCCAUAGUUUUAGGUGGAGGGGGCGGGGGAAAGAUGGUACGAACCCUAGAAGGGACGUAGGACCCCGUUCUCUGGCUCCGAGGGGCGGCUGGUCGCAGUCCUGUGUUCGGUCGGCCAGCGGCCCCGCCUUGUACUCAGUGGGACUGGAAGCUGGUGUUGGACGUCCCGUGAACCCUGGUCCAUGCUCUGCACAGGCGUGCUUGUUUCUCACUGUCUGUUUGAUAUUCUAUGAUAUUUAUUUUAAGAAAGCACUAAACUGUAAUAAAGUAAUUAAUUUGCUUUUUAUUAA